GGCCCGGCGCGGGGCCGGGGCCGCCCGCGCUCCUCCUCGGCCGCCGGGACGCGCCAUCGGCAGCGGCUCCUCCUGAAAGGUUUGUCCGUGUGGCAGCCGGGGACCCCCGAGGGAUCCACCCGGGACCCCCCGAGGAUCCACCCCGGGACCCCCCCGAGGAUCCACCCCGGGACCCCCCCGAGGAUCCAUCCCGGGACCCCCAAGGGAUCCACCUCGGGACCCCCCGAGGAUCCGCCCGGGCUGCCCGAGGAGAGGCCGGUUGUGAUCCCGGUGCGGGGAUGGCAGCGCCGCUCUGAGCACGGCGAGGGACCCCCGGGAGCGCAGCGGAGACCCCCCGUCCCCAGCUGAGCCCGACCGGGGCUGGUGCGGGUCCAUCCCACGGGAGCGCUCCUGGCAGGCUUGGAGGGGCGAGGAUGGCUCAGGAGACGAACCAGACCCAGGUGCCCCUGCUGUGCACCACGGGCUGCGGGUUCUAUGGCAGCCCCCGGACCAACGGGAUGUGCUCCGUGUGCUACAAGGAGUUCCUGCAGAGGCAGCAGAGCAGUGACCGGAUAAGCCCCCCAGCUCCCAGUGGUCCCAGCAGCAGCCCCAUGGCUUCUGAAGCAAUUGCAGAGGGAGACUCCACACCUGAGGAUGCAAAAGCCAGUGCUCAGACUCCUGUGACCCAUCAGAUGACGGCCAUGAGCAUAUCCAGAGAGGAAACCAGCACUGAGACAGAGGAGUUCAGCAAGACAGAAGAAGCCUCAUCAGCAUCUUCCUCGUCAGGUACCCUGCUUGAGAUAUCCCAGAACACAGCUGAGGGCAGGGCCCCUGUGGAGAAACCCAAACCCAAGAAGAAUCGCUGCUUCACCUGCCGGAAGAAGAUAGGGCUGACUGGCUUCGACUGCCGCUGCGGGAACCUGUUCUGUGCCAUCCACCGGUACUCCGACAUGCACGCCUGCCCCUACGACUACAAGGCAGAGGCUGCCGAGAAGAUCCGCAAGGAAAACCCCAUCGUUAUCGCCGAGAAGAUCCAGAAGUUGUGAAGGGGGCCUGAGCAGCUCGAACUGCAGCCAGCAGGGCGGCCUGGUGCUCCUCCCCUUCCUCCCAGCCUCCCUCCUCCUCCUCCCCUCCUCCUCCCGGCCCCAGCGGUGGUGCGAGGGUGACUCCGGCAGCGCACACGGACCGGCACCGGGACACGGGGGCUCCUCGCACCUCCUGGGCAGUCAGUCGGUGUUCCUCCUCUCCCUUCCUGCCUGUCCGACAGCCACAGCUCAGCCGAUGUGUUCUCAACCAGCUUCCCAAAGGAAAAGGGGCCGUCCUGCCCCGCUGCUCCAGUGCUAAAGACCUUGGGACUUGCCUCUCUCCCGGCACUCUGCGUGGUGUGAGCAUCUGGGCUUUCCCGGCAGCUCCGAGUCCCGUGAGCCGCCCAGGACUGGUGGCCAGAGUCCCUGAGCAGCCUCUGGACUUUGUUCCCUCUGCCCCACCUCCUGCAAUCCCGGGAGCUGGGGGAUCCCGGCAGCCAGGCUGCCGUCUGCUCCCCGGGAGGUGUUUGGGCUCUGAUGCAGCAAAGUUGAUUCCGUGGUUCUGACGCCCCAAAUCCCCCUCCCCACCCUGUGUUGGAGAAGCCCUGAAGGGACUGAGCAGCAGGGCUGGCACAGGGGAGUUAUUUCGUGGCUUGGAGCGACGUGGGCAGGGCAGGACCUUUGGGAAGGUGCCUCUCUCCACAGGGAGGGAGCCAGGGACACCCCUGCUCCAGCCUCCCGUGCUCCAACACCCCUGGAGAACCUCGGCCGCUCCCCCAGCAAGGUUUGUGUCCCCUCUCUCCCCUCCCCUCUCUCCGCUCUCCCUGCCUUCUGCCUUACACGAGUCGCUCUCAUCAGGGUUGUGCACAAAGCUCAGGUCCCCACACCUCUGCUUCUGGACCUGUCCCUGCCCCCAGGUGACAGCGGGGUCCCCUCCUCCCCCGGGGGCAGCUCAGGGAGCCCACCCAGCUGCCCUCUCUCCUGCCUCCUCCUCCCUCCCUCAUGCUCCAAAAGCCACACAGAGGGAACUGGGCACAGGGAAAGGCACGUGGAGGGGCUGCAGGGCACGGGAACAGUCACGAGGGUGGUCCCGGGGAGGCCCAGGCAGGGGCUCAGAAACGCCCAUGGAGAGCCCCAGGGAGCAAGGAGAGGUGCUUGGAGAGCUCUGGGCCCACUGAGAGAGUUCCCUGGACUGGUGGAUGACUCAUGGAGGGCUCUGGGGUGCCAGGGAAGGCAGAGGGGGAGCUUUGGGGUACAGCGAACACGCUCAGAGGACUCGAGCACCCCAAAAAGCACCUGAAGGGCUCUGGGGUGCCCACACUGGCACACAUGUAGGGAGGUUUAGGGAAAGCCAAAUGCCAGCUUGGCAUCAGCCCACAAGGAACUUCUGGAGGGCUCUGGGGCUGCUGGGAAGACACAAGGCUCAGGGAUGCAGCACGAGGUGGGGCAGCGGCUCCUGGGGCACAGCAACAGCCACCUCCACACCCGGGGGCUUCCUGGGAACACCGGGAGCAGGGAAGCAGCUGUGGGGCUCUGGUGUUCCAAGCAGAGGACCCUUCAUGUGUCCCAGGGGACAAGCAGCAACUCUGCCCCACUGCUGGCUGUGCCACCCUUGGGAAGUGUCUGCCUGGGUGUUGGAGAGCAGAGCCCCAGGGAGCAGCAGGGGGAGGAUCAUGGCCAAUCCUUCCUUCCAAGUGCUGUUUUCCUGCCUUUCUCGUGGCAGUUGUGGCAGGGAUCCUUCAGCAAGGGGGGAUCCUUCAGCAAGGGGGGAUCCUCCUGAGUGUUGGGUUUCCCAGUGUGAUCCAGCCAGAGCAGUGUGUGCUCUGUGGGCACUGCCAUCCUGCAGUGUUACCAGGAGGGCCCCGACCUCCAAAACUCAUGCAAACCCCCCUCCAGCACAGAGAGGAGCGAGGCUGCCCCUUGCCAGCCUUUCCCUCAGGUUUUUGCUCCUGGAUAAUGUGGACAUUAUGUCCAGAGCAUGCCAGUGGCUGCAGGUGUUACCCCUGGACACCCCUGGGCUGGGUUUGCUGUUGAGGAUGAUCCAUGGCUCUCAGGGGAAGCAGGAAUUGCAGCCAGCCCUUGCCUUGUGUUCUCCCGAGGGCCACGAGCUCCAGGGAGGUGCAGCAGCUCCCAUGGAUCCGGCGGGAAAGCCCACAGCCACCUUCCAGCUUCUCCACCACCCACCUUCUCCCUGUUUUUCCCUCCCUCUCCAUGAGUGUAAAUACAACACAGUCUAGUUUGCUUGGA